CGACGGUUCGCGCGGAUUUGACCUUCCAUACAAAAUGCACACGGAAAAUUUCUCCGUGUUCACAAAUUUCUCCGUGUACACAUUUCGAUCGUAGCGCCGCCACUGAAACUAUUCGUCUACGCUCUCAGAUUUUCAUAAGUUUACUUGCAACUCUUUUUGGUUUAGAAAAAAAAGUUUUUUUCAGGUCUUCGCCUUCUUUUUCUACAUCAAUAACUUCUUAGUUAUUGUUUUUCGAAUUAAAUAUUAAGUGUGGCUGAAAAACAAGACAGUUUCAAUGAUCAAGCAAGUCCUGAACGGAUAGACCAAAACGACAAAAUAAUGCCAUCGGCCAUCAAUUCUGGAACUCAACAACAAAUGCAUCAUGGAUCAGAGGAGCGUUCAAAUGAAGAGUGUGGGAUUCGUGAUGUUUGGCGUCAUAAUUUAGAAGAAGAGUUUGUUCUCAUCCGCAAAGUCGUCAAUAAAUAUUGUUACGUUGCAAUGGACACUGAAUUUCCUGGUGUCGUUGCAAGACCGAUUGGAGAAUUUCGUUCAACAGCUGACUACCAAUAUCAACUACUUCGUUGUAAUGUAGAUCUUCUCAAAAUCAUUCAACUCGGCUUAACAUUCAUGGAUGAAGAUGGCAACACGGCUCCCGAUUUUUCAACAUGGCAAUUCAAUUUCAAGUUUAGCCUCACCGAAGACAUGUACGCUCAAGACUCAAUUGAUUUGCUACAAAAUUCCGGAAUUCAAUUUAAAAAACAUGAGGAUGAAGGAAUUGAUCCAUUAGAAUUUGCUGAAGUUUUGAUGACAUCGGGAAUUGUGUUGAUGGAUAACAUAAAAUGGCUCAGCUUCCAUUCAGGAUAUGAUUUUGGAUACUUACUCAAAGUACUAACUGAUCAAAAUCUUCCAGCCGACGAAAGCGAUUUCUUUGAAUUAUUGCGUAUCUACUUUCCAACGAUUUAUGAUGUCAAGUAUUUGAUGAAAUCUUGCAAAAAUCUUAAAGGUGGUUUGCAAGAAGUUGCAGAACAACUUGAUAUCAGACGCAUUGGUCCCCAACAUCAAGCAGGUUCUGAUUCACUUCUUACCGGAAUGGCCUUCUUUAAAAUGCGAGAAAUGUUCUUCGAGGAUAACAUUGAUAACGACAAGUAUUCAGGACAUUUGUUUGGAUUGUCAUUUAAUCAAACAGAUCGCGCUUUACCAGCAGAAUAAACAUUAUUCAAACCCUUUCUAACCCAUCUUUACAUCAAUUCACCAUUUAAAACAUAAUAAUAAUAAAAAAAAGAGAAAAAUGAAACGAAAUUUCUUUUGAAAACAAUUCAAAAGAAUGUGAGUAGAACAUCAUAAUAUAUUCGUUAAAGAAAUCUUUUCGAUACAUUAGAUAUUUCAAAUAAAUAAAUAUGCUGCUUCCCUUAUUCUUGAAAACUAUUCUCUUACUAGUAGAUAUGAAAACUUUGAAGAAGAAAAAAUAAAAUAUAACCGCGGGAGGAUUCAAAAUGAAGUAUCUGUCACGUUAGAAGUAAAAUCUUGAAAAAUUGAAGAAAAUACUUAAAUACAAUACACUUUUCUUUGUCCGCUUGUAUGCAAAAGAAAAUUAAUGAAAACAGCAAAUAAAGUAUGAAAUAUAACUCAUAAAAAAA